AUGGCAUUUUACGAAGAUUUGGCCGAAGAUCUCAAGUUACUUUACGAGAAUAGAAAGAACUGCGAUGUGAAAAUUCAUGCUGGCAUAGAGCUUGAAGAAAUCUAUGCCCAUUCGCUAUUAUUACGUGUUCGUUCUCCCUAUUUUCGUGGGGCGCUUUCACAAGAGCGGACAAAGAAUAAGGAUGGAUACUUUAUUUUUAAAAAACCUACUAUUUCCGUUUCGACAUUUGAAGUGAUUCUUAAGUUUAUUUAUUGUGGAAUCGCGGACCUUCGUGAGCUAGAUUGUACAGAGAUUUUCAAUGUUCUAAUCGCUGCAGACGAACUAGGACUUCAAAAAUUUAUUAUUUAUAUCCAGAAAUUUCUAAUUGAGAAUCGGGCCAAUUUCUUACAAGAGGAUCCUGUGAGAAUGUUACGUACUGUUAUUUAUUAUGAAGCAUUUGACGAUCUAAAAAAAUUUUGCGUAGAGGCUAUCCUCGCCGAUCCGGACAUCUUAUUUGGUUCAAACAAAUUCCUCGCAUUAGAAGAAAAUCCAUUAAUAGCGAUUCUUAAAUCUGAUGAUCUAACGAUGGACGAAAUUGAAAUUUGGGAUUGCGUUAUUAAAUGGGGAAUGGCCCAAGAUCCUAAACUUAAAAGUAAUGUCGAAAACUUUAAAGAUCAAGAUUUUAAAGCUUUAGAGGAUAGAUUACAUAAUUUUAUUCCCUUAAUUCGGUUUCAUGAUAUUCCAAUGGAGGGCUUUUAUCUUGGAGUCUGGCCGUUCAAGAAGAUUCUUACUGAAAAGCUUGUGAAUGACAUCCUUCGUUGUUAUAUGGUUCCUAAGGCCAAGCCGCGUUAUAAUGUAUACCCUUCGAGGACUGCUCCUAUUUCAUCUACCUUAAUUAAUACAAAACAUCUUAUUUUAUUUGCAAGCUGGAUUGAUCGAAAACCUGAAAAUUAUACGAGGUUUGGACAAAUUCCUUAUAAAUUUAAACUUCUUUACCGGGCCAGCCAGGAUGGAAAUAAUACCAACAUAUUUCGCCAAAGAUGCAAUAAUCAAGGAGCUACCAUAGUGGUAGGCAAGAUUCAAAAUUCUGAAAGGUUAACGGGGGGAUAUAAUCCAUUAAGUUGGAAUGGUAAUAAUCAAUAUAAAUAUUCAACUGAAAGCUUCAUAUUUUCAAUUGACAACUGCAAUAACCCUAAUAAUUAUAAUCUGGGCCGUCUAACUGGAGCUAACGACAAUAGUGCAAUUUACGAUCACAAUUCAUAUGGUCCAACAUUUGGGAGAGGCAAUGAUUUACGCUGUCAAUUCAAUAAUUGUUGGUAUUAUAAUGCAAACACAUACACGUCUAUUGGUCUUCAAAAUCAAUACAAUAUAACUGAUUGGGAAGUUUUUAAGGUGGAGAAGAAGGUUUAA